UCUCUCUCUCCGCCACCCCACAUUUCCACAUCCCCACAUCCUCUCUCUCUCUCUCUCUCUCUCUCUCUCUCCCCUUUGCUGUGCUAGAUGACCACAACGGACGAGUGGGUAACGGCCGCCUUAACCGACGACGCCGUAGUGGUCGAGCUCUUGUUCCGCCUCAAGCAGUCGUCGUCACCAUCAUCAUCAUCAUCGCCGCCGCCGCCGCUGAGGUGGGGCCACCGCCAGCCGCGCUCCAAACCACCCCCAGCCGCCGCCAACGCCUCAAAGAAGGAGCCUAGCAGAUGCAGCCCCACCACACCCCUCUCCUGGAGCUACGGCGGCGGCAGCGCCGACUUCUCCCCCGCCGUCGACGGAUCUGACGAGUCGUCCCGUCCCUCCGAUCGUUCCUCCGCCAGCAGAUCUGAUAAGGGUGAUUUUAAUAAUGACACCAUAGGCUCUACCGCCAUCAACAAGCGAUCAAGAAAGAAAAAGACGUUUGCUGAACUUAGAGAGGAAGAGAAUUUGCUGCUGAAGGAAAGGAUACAUUUGAAGAAAGAGAUAUCAACUGUACGUGUCACACUUAACGAACAGAAAGCCAGAAGCGAGAAUUUUAAGAAAAUCAAGCUUGAUCCACACUUAGAUUCAGCAAUGAAAAUGGCUGCAAAUUCCGGCCAACCAACUUUCUCAGAAGCUUGUACUUUUGCUCAUCAAGUUCCAGUCUCGCCGACAAUAAUGCAUCAAGAUUUUCCACCUAUGGAUUCAUGUAAAGCAGAAAAGGAAGUCGAGACCACAGCAAGAUGUUUCGUUUUACCUGAUCUAAAUAUGAUGCCAUCCGAAGAGGAUUCUGGCUGUGAAACUAUUUACGGAUUGAGCUGAUGAAAAACACAAUGCCUUCUUUCGCCACACUCUGAAGCAAGUAGCUGUGAUUCACAAAGGCUUCUCGAUUCCUGAAUAUGCAUAUAGGAACUCCUAGUAAGAGUAAAUCUUUUCUUCUCCUGUAAGCAAGCUGCAGAUAAAAUGCUCCAAUUGCCAAUUCUUGAGAGGCAAAAGAAGCUGGGAAGGGUUGGAGAAAUUUCAGGGUAGUGUAGAAAGACCCUAGCAAGUUAGACAAUGUAGAAAAUUUUGAUGGUUUCUUUGUUCUUGAAAAUUCUUUCGGGGUAAGUGCUCAUUACUUCAUUCCGGGAAUAUAUCGAAGACAUAAAAGUGUCUUUUUGUUGUUCGUGCUAACAUAUAUUGUUCAACGUUAGUACCUUUUUGUACAUCAUAAAAUCUUGAUUUUCGCAA